AUGAUUGCUCCAUCACCUCCGCUCCCGUCUCUGCCGUCAAAGCUGAGCAUCGGCUCCGAGAUCAUCCACGACCUCUCGCCGCUGCUGCACUCUCUCUUUUUCGAGACAGAGAUCAAUUUCGGCGGCGAGGGCGGCGUCUACGCGGAGCUUCUGCCCAACAGGGACCUUGAAACGCUCGGCCGAGGACGUGUGGCAGGCGUCGAAGACGGUACCACCUGGCCGCAGCCAUACCUCGGCAGUGAUCACGCCGAGGAGCCAUUUUCAACGCAAGAGCUCGGACAGCACCGGUCAGCCACACUAGACCCUCAUGAGCCAGCACCCAUGAUCACCGACUACAGGCCGUGGAGCGCGCUCUUUGGUGCCCGGCUGUGGGUUGACAAUGCGACCGCGCCCUUUCCGGCCAACCCGCACUCUUUGAGGGUGGCUGGCGGUCCGGGCGUUGGCGUCGCCAACCCGGGGUACUGGGGCAUUGCCGUGCAGCCUGGAAGCGCCUUCAACCUCUCCCUGUACGCCAGAACUGGCGCGGCGGGCGUGGCGGUGCGGCUGCGCGCCGUGCUGCGCAGCGUGUCGGGCGGCACAGUCCUCGCGGAGGCGGAGGUGCGGCCGGCGCUGUCAGACCCGUCCUCGCUGGCGGCGCGGCCCGGCUGGGCGAGGAGUGGCAUUGGUGGCGCGAGGGCAAGCGGGGCGAGGGGCGGUGGGGCGUCCGCAAACGCGCGCUUCGAGCUGCUCAUCGACGCGGCCUCUUUCUGGCUCGAUGCCGUCUCUCUGAUCCCUGCGGACGCCGUCGGCGGUCUCUUCCGGCGCGCCGCUCCUCUGAGCACGCGCGACGCCUUCGAGCGGCUGCAGGCAACGCGGCCGGGCUUCGUGCGUGCACCGGGCGGAAACUACCUUGAAGGCAUCGCUGAUCGCAAUCGCGCAGCUGCCACGCUCGGGCCGCCCGCCGCGAGGGCAGGCCACUACAACUCUGCGUACUGGGUGACGGACGGGCUCGGCUUAUUCGAGCUGCUCACGCUGUGCGAGCUGCUGCACUCGACGUGCCAGAUGAGCAUCUACACCGGCUACUCGAUGGGGCGCAGGUACGUGCCCGUGGCGCAGUCGGAGACCUUUGCGCAGGACGCGGUCGACAUGCUCGACUUCGCAAACGCCGCGCCAGCCUCGUCGCCGUGGGCGGCGGUGCGCGAGCGGAUGGGGCACGCCGCGCCGUUUGGCCUCUCGCGCGUUGAGGUUGGCAACGAGGAGCGGGACAUGUCGGGCGAGGGCUACCCAGCCCACUACGAGCUCAUCACGCGGAGGCUCUGGGCCGCGUACCCUUCCCUCCACAUCGUUGCGAGCGGGCGGUGGGGACCUCCCAUCGAGGGCUCGCCGUGCCUGACCGGCCAGCGGUGCGAUCUCUGGGACGACCACUACUACAGACCUCCAGACGUGAUGGCGGCCAUGGGAGGCGAGUACGACCGAUACAACCGCUCGCUGCCCAAGGUUUAUGUGGGAGAGUUUGCGGCGAACGGCGCGACGGGCGCUUCGUCGCUCGGACCGGCGGCCAUCUUCAUGAUCGGCUUCGAGCGCAACGCGGACGUUGUCGUCGCUUCGUCCUUCGCGCCGCUGUGCAACAACUCGAGGCUCAGCAGAGUCACGGUGCAGCCGCUCGUGUGGAUAGGCACGCAGUGGGCGUACAACCUCGUCAACCUCAACAGCAGCCGCCUCUUCGUGCUGCCCUCCUACCACGUGCAGACCCUCUUCUCGAGCGCGCUCGGCGCGCACACGCUGCCCGCGACUCUCACCCCGCCGUACGCGCAAGGGGUGAAGGCUUUCUCACGGCGGCGAGGGCUCUCGUCAUCGAAGCCGCCGCAGCCGCGGCUGACGACGGCACCCCCCGCCUCCCGGUGGAUCGCGACGGCGUCGAUGGACGCCCGUGCGCGCCUCGUCAACCUGAAGCUCGUCAACUAUGCGCCGAACGCGCGGCCGGUGGACGUGGCGUGGAGCGGCGAGCGAGCGUUCGCGCGUGUCCUAAACGCGACCGUGCUCACUGCGGCGUCCGCCGACGCGCAAAACAACCUCUCGAUGCCGGAUGCGGUCGCACCCGCCGCGCUCGACCCGCCGCCGGCGCUCGGGCCGACGGGGCUGAGCAUCGCGAUGCCACCGUGGAGUCUCGUCGUGGUGACGGUGGCGCUAGACGACCAAUAG